GACUCGGUGCUUCCUUUUGGCUUUACAAUUUGACAACUUUUCUUUGCAGCUCUUUUCUGACAUCUCGAUGCAAAAUGGUUAAGCUCAUCAUCGACGGCUCCAGCCUGAGCUCAAAAGAGCUGGAAUAUGUAUUUCAUCAUGUAUUCUUACCCCCUCAGCUGCCAAACGGGGACGAUGCAUCUCCCACAACCGAAUUAUGCCUCAUUGAGCUGGUCAGAGACUGCUUGAUCGAGUUUCUACCAGAGGUUGAUCUGAGCUACCAUGAAGCUAUCAAGAGUGCGGCGGCUUUGAUGAAAAACAUUCAUACCUCCUCAAGUUUGGACGGAUAUCUACAGGAAGAUGGAGUGAGAGCCGUGCUGAAACAGAUAGGACCUCAUAACUUCUCAGAAUCUUUUGCGUCUUUCCAUAUUACAGCUCAGAAUGCGGGCGUCAUGCUUCGCUUGGACAAUGAUCUUGUCAUAUUCGAAAUGUUCGAACUCUGUCCAACCAAUGGGUCUGUCUACUCGACCGCAGGACGCCUGAUCCGUCAAUUUCCCGCCAUCGCGGUCGGUAUCCCUAUCCACAUCUAUGCGGAUGAUGGUUUCCAAGAUGUCUUGAUCAAGACGCUCGUGAAGAUGAGCUACCAAGCGGUCGGCGAAGCGAUCCCAAAGACCAAAAAAGCCAAGCAAUUACACAAUGAGGAGCGAGAUACAGUCGACCCAAAGAUAGUUACAGAGCUGUUGUAUGGCUACCUACGGGGCAUGGGCAGCGAGGCCCACGUCAGUGGAAUCACAAAACAUACUCGGGAGGAAGUGUUGUGGAAGCAAAGUAAGCUUCCGUGGAGGCGAUCUGCCGUAUGGCUUCUCAUUCGAGUUUCUCUUCAGCUCACUCUGGAUCGUACUGCUGUCGGCUCUGGAGAGCUCUACAAAUCCUUCAUCGUUUUCUUCUUGUCUCGUGUCCUUACCGCUGCGACCGAUAAGAAGAUGGAUAGCGAAAUCCUCAUGACAAUGUCAGCCAAGAUUUCCCGGCGCCUUCUGAAAUUGCGGCACUCUGCACAUGGGAGGUGGUUGGCAGAUGUACAUGAAGCCGUGUCUACUGCGACGAAAUUUGUGAAUAUUCGAUGGCACCGAAUUCGCAAUGAAACCGAGUCGCAACUUGAUCUAACAAGACUACAAUCUCUUAACAUGGCUGGCGAUACGAGGAUAAAUAUUCCGGGACUGACAGAUUUUAUCUCGUCCAUCUCUAGACGCCAGAAUGCAAGCAAAGUAUCAUCAUUCUGUCCGAAAUCGGGUAUUAUAGUCUUUAUACCGGAGAAUCUUCCCAGCACCCCGGACGAGUACUAUGAAAACGAUACUCCUUAUCAUCUUGCCAUGGUAGAAUCGUGGGUCGCCGCACAUCUCGGCAACUGGAUCAAUAAACACGUUGGAGACAAGUCAGCUUGCAUAGACCUAUACCGUUUGAUGCGAGGGUAUCAUGAGAUGGGUAGGGACUGGUACUCGAGCCGGCCGGAAGGGGCAUCUAGGAUGAUUCUUGUUAUGCUGGAGCUCUGGGUUGCUGCCGAUAAAGCCGCAAUUCACGAGUGUGCACUACUAAAAGACUAUCAACAUGAGAUUCCUAUCGAAGUGUUUCAAUCUCUACUCCUUGGGUCCAGAGAAGAUAUGGAAAGGCUUCAUCUAGUUCAGACAUACCUGACUAAGCGGCAAGAUUAUGCGCGAUCAAAAAAGAGACCGUCAAUUUUCACCUCUUACGGUCAAAGAGAGUCUUUCCCGGUUGAGUACUUUUCGCAAUCGACACCCCAUCAGAGUCAUCUCAAACUCAUUGAGGCGCGAGCUCAUCUUGCCAAACAAGUCAAGUUGAACGAAUACCAACGGUGUCGCUUGCAAUACGAAAGACUUAUGCAGCGAUAUGAGCAAGAAAUUUGUCAAAAUGUCGAGAGGGAAAAGGAUGGAGUAUAUUAUACCGAGCACGCUCCCAACUGCAGCCGUUGCGCGUGCCGUAAACAGGCAGCUGGAAUGUCGAUUGAUGUUUAUGAGUGGCCCCUUUCAAGCUCUCCCCUAGAAGCCCAGGCGACAGUCUUUGAAUUGGCCCUCCCUCACACCAUCGGCGCAUGGCGAGAUGCCACCCUUUAUGUCAUUGAUGAUGUUCUUCGAAACACGCGCUCUUCAGGCGCAAAACUACAGUCAGACUAUUCAUUAAGAUCAUAUGCUGCCCUCAAGGAUUCUUUCUUCUCUCAUCCUAGGUGGCGCAUUCAUCUUUCAUCUGAAUCGAAGCCCCAUGUGGUCACUCACCGGCGAAAUAUUAAGAUUAGCCACAGCACCGAAUCAGAUCUUCACGGAUGCGUUUCUCGGAUAAAGGAGAACUGGGAAUCCCACACUGCCAUGUGGAUUUUGAUUUUUCUUGCAGCUCGCCUGCUAUCGAUGACUACUUUGCCUUCCUUGAGACUGAGUAUCUUUCACCUCUUGAAGGAGUGUAGAGAGAUAUCUUACCAAUGGUUGGCGAGGCUACGCUCAAAAGCGUAUGACUCGCUCAAUGAAGAUGAGCGGACUCAAUUUUUGCGGAUCGCGUUUCGAGUGUCUCUCGUAUGUGCAGACACUUUUAACGUGAGCGAUACGCUCUUAACUCAUAUACUAUUUGAUCCUCGCCAGGCGGCCAUUUUGAUUGAGAUUUCCAUCAAUAUUUAUAACAAUACUUCAUUAAUGGAGAAGUCUCAGGAUGGGCUUGGGGGGAUCAUGUAUGAUAGAUGGGCUUUUACGAUGCAUCGUUCUCGGCCCAUGCUGUUGGAUGAGAUCCUCCACCGCGGAAAUUCUUGUCUCGAUACAGCUAUAAAGCGAUGCUGGCCAGAUUUCAGUCGGAUGAGCGAAUGGAGCCUAGCCAAUUCCACUUGCAGCUGGCUCGAGACUGUAUCUGCUCAACUAAAGAUAUGUGUCAAUCUUCUAACAGGGGAAUUGUUAGUAGACGGGAGCCCAUUAUCUCGCCUACCUCGAAGCUACGAGAUUCAUAAAGAUUACCGAAAGUUAUUUGGGGCUUUUAUACUGGAAGUCAUGCCCAGUUCUUCACAUGGAAUGAAAUUUUGCAGUUCCAAAGACGUCGAAGGCUAUGUUGCACAUUUCAGUAUGGACGAUGAAUAUCUGAAAGUACGUCUGGAUGGCCAAGAUCCGGUAUUAGAUCUCGUCCCUUCCCAAUUAUUGACCGGUUGGCUACCAAACUCUUUCAUCGAUGAUUAUACCCAUUGGUACAAUCAAGCCACGGGGAGUAUCGAAUUCCGUCCGAUAGGCGACCCAUGGAAGCCAUCUACCAAAGGUUGGAUCCUGAGCCAGCAUGAACCGUAUUGGAAGCUCACGCGGGCUGGAAAUAUAUCACUACUUUCACCUAGCAGCUGUUCUGCCCUUGAUAUAGCAUCCAUCUUGUCACCGCUCGACACCAUGUUGCAUUUACACAUGCUACUUGAUGCGAAAACAGGCAAUCUUGAGAUCAAAGUGCCACGGCUGCAGCUUGAGUUUACGCUGAGCAAGGGAGAAUCAGCCAUCACAUCUCGGCAAUUUCGAGGGAUGCAAAUCGAUUCUAAUCAAUAUAUUGGCACGCUGAUUGGAUUGAACAGUAAGCUUGUGAUGAAAGACACUCGCAAUUCGGAAAGCAGGAUGUUGAUCAUCCCCGAAGGAAACAUCGACUUCAAAGCAAAUCCAGAGGGCCACAUGUUUGUGGACGUGGCUUAUGGCACCGCAAGUCGCGUCCAGAGAUACUUGAUUGACAACCAACUUCGCCAUUUGGUCGGCAAUGCCACGGCUCAAAGCAAGCUAUACCUCGCUUACAUACACGCACUCACCUCUUAUUGCGUUCCAGAUCCUUUUUUGGGUAGGACCGGGACUGAGGAGAGCCUCUCAAUUCUGAAGUCUGCUUCAAUACGGUCAAUCGACUAUUUGACCCCUGAUAAUAUGCAGUUGCUGCAAGUUAUCGCCAAUCUCUCUCCUCGGCGGGAAUAUUAUCCAAAAUAUCUCAAGCAUAUGCAAAAGGUGCAAUGGUCGCCCGUAUUGUGCUCCAUGGCCCAAGAUUCGCGAUUCUAUAAGAUUGUCGUGGGCAGUAUCCUCAAUAGAAUUUCAGAUAUGGCCUUCUUAUAUCCGCCUGAUGAAGCUAUUAUAAGAGGUGAAUUUGCCCCUAACGAAAUAGAGCUUAUCGACCGAGAGAUUUUUCGAAACUCACGCUACCAAGUGUCUGGAUUUGGCGCUGAAGACUUCAAAACGAGUCGUGAUAUCAAGUAUGCACCUAGAGAUCGAGGCCAAUCGUCGACGGGGACCGCUAAUGCAUUCGAAACAACAUUUCGCGUUCAUAAUAAUAUCGAAACCAUUGCGCAACGGGCCGGGAAAAAAUGUUUGGACAUUUUUUACUCCUUUCUUUCUGGACCCAAGGAAAUUCAAGCUCCCCAGAGUAUACCUAACGCGCGAGAGAUUCAGUAUGGCGCGGAAUGGCUCGGCGACCCAGAGACGAUCCUCCCUGCCUACUGGUGCCGAUUGCACUUUGCUUUCCAAACAAAUCCCUCCUGGAUUAACAAAUUCCAGACGACGAUCUGGCUUGCGACAUUGUCCUACUCCUCUCAAUGCCAGACGAGCGUUCUCCAGGCUAUGAUGAUGCUUCCGCUAUCGACUCAGUUAGCAGCCGUACCUUUACCCGCGGGGUCGGCAUUCAAGUUACCUCAAGGUUAUCAAGUUAAUAUACAAUCACUCAAAAGCCUUGUGCAAAAUGCGACCAGAGACUUCGGCCCUACCUGUCCCGAGAUGCAACUGCCCCCACGCAAGAAGGAAUCUGCGAAGAAGAUACGGAAGCGACGAAAGGGCUUGUUCAACAUUGAAAAGGAGAAGGCGGUUACUCUCUUUGUCCAAGAACUUGUUGCACAGUGGCCAAAUUCUGAACUGGUCAAGCCUCAAAAGCAUGCGCAUUGGUUCGAAUGUUACAUAAAUGUUCCAAAUGCAAUGGCUCUCGCUCAAGAAAAGUGGCGAAUCUGGCUUGCAAACUUACGAUUUAGAGCAUAUCUUGAGAGUUUUAUAAGCACAUUUAAUACUAUAAAACUGGGAACGGUACCUAUUCCUCGAAUAUUGUACCCUUUUUACCAAGUUCCAGCUACUCGUCCUCAUGGAUAUAUACCCAUUGAAGAGGUGUUUCGUAACACGGCACCCAUUAUCAGCAACGUGCCGCUUCUCAACCUGAAAGCGUUACAACGAACAACGGAUACCGAGGAGGAUACGAAUAAUAAGCUAGCCGACCUUCUUGACCACUUGGAUUUGCAAAUCCAGUUCGACUAUGAGCGUCGAUAUCUUUCUGAGCUGCGGAAAAGUCUACUUGAUCUUCGAGGCCUGAGCAUGAUGCAGCUUGAAAAGAACGACAUUUCCAUGCGUAGUAUGGCCUUUGAGCUCUAUCUACAGCAAUGCAAAUCGUUCGUUCAAGAAUGUUACGAGGGAUUAUCAAAGGCUGUUCUGCCGGACUCCGCUUGCUUUCAGCUAGGCCCAGCUGAUAGCAUUAAAACAAUACAAUCAACUAUUUCAGCAGCUGGAUUCUAUCCGAGGUCAUGUCCAAUUUUCUUCUUACAGCAGCUCGGGAGGCACCGGUGGCCCUCUCUCCCCAAUGCAUGGAAGAAGGCUAUUGUUACGUACGCGAUUGCAAUAACCAGCCUCCAACAGGCCCAACGCCUAGUAAGCUUACAGGAUAACGAAAUUGAUCUCUUCCAAGAACUUGAGAAUACCUGCAAUAGAGAAUGGGAUCCACUUCAAUACCCGGAAUGGCUACUUUUGGAGUGUGAGAGCGGAAUUAUCAUCCGGCAUGUGCAGCAUCAAAUCGCUGAACAGAUGAUCUCGCCCCAGGACAAUGGGAACGCUGUAAUGCAGCUCAACAUGGGAGAAGGAAAGUCUUCCGUCAUUGUGCCAAUUGCAGCUACUGCACUCAGUAACGGGUCACAAAUUGUACGUGUCAUCGUUGCUAAACCACAGGCCAAGCAGAUGCACCAGAUGUUAAUGUCGAAGCUCUCCGGCCUGUUGGACCGCCCAAUAUUCCGAAUGCCAUUUUCACGGGCAGUGAAUAUGGACGUAGUAAAGGCCAAGGUUGUGCAUAGAUUGGCGCACCGAUGCAUGGAAGAAGGCGGCAUCUUAUUGAUCCAGCCAGAGCAUCUCCUCUCCUUUCAAUUGAUGGUACUUGAAUGCGCGAUCAAUGGACAUGUUGAAAUCGGUCACCAACUGUUGGAAACUCAGCGUCUUUUCAACGAAUCUUCUAGGGAUAUAGUUGAUGAGAGCGAUGAGAAUUUCAGCGUCAAGUUUGAACUUAUUUAUACCAUGGGGAAACAGAAGCCAAUUGAACAUACGCCUGACCGCUGGGUGGUUAUUCAGAAUGUACUCUCCAGAUUUGCUCGAAUCUGUUUGCAGCUGAAGGCUUCUUUUCCAGAGUCGCUUGAUGUCGAUGACCGAUAUCCUGAGAGAUUUCCCAGAAUCCGAAUUCUGCGUCCUGACGCUGAGUUGACUGUUCUGACCCAUCUUGCUGAAUUCAUCUGCAACACAGGCAUGUCUGGGUUUCCAAUCGCACGACAACGUACACAUAUACGAGACGCGGUUAACCGCUACAUCAGCAAUAUUGAUCUCACAACGAAUGAGAUUGAUGCUGUUGAACGAAGCUCAUUCUGGGGUGAGACGACUGCCAGCAACAUUCUUUUACUUCGGGGUCUGUUGUCGGGUGGCAUACUCUCUUUUGCCUUUGGACAGAAGCGCUGGAGGGUCGACUACGGCACGCAUCCUAAUCGUGAGACGAAAACCAGGUUGGCCGUGCCAUUUAGGGCAAAGGACAAUCCAACGCCUCGGUCGGAAUUUAGCCACCCAGAUGUUGUCAUUGUGCUUACCUGCCUGAGCUAUUAUUAUAAAGGCCUUCAAGAUGAAGAGCUUUUUGAAGCAUUAGAACUUCUCAUUAGAUCGGACAAUCCUGAUCUCGAAUAUCGGGCUUGGGUAGAAGCUGCGCCAGGAUUGCCGCUUUGCUUUAGACAUCUGACGGGUAUCAACAUUCGAGAUCGCACGCAGUGCAUUAAUGAUGUUUUCCCUCACCUCCGCUACUCCAAGGGAAGCAUUGAUUAUUUCCUUUCGCGCAUGGUGUUUGCAAAGGAGUCGAGAGAGUUUCCGCACAAGCUUUCCGCCUCGGGGUGGGAUCUUGGCAAGAGAAAGAACAAUCCCACAACUGGAUUUAGCGGCACCAAUGAUUCCAGGUACAUAUUGCCGAUGGAUAUUAAGCAAUUGGAUCUACCAGAGCAGAGCCAUACUAAUGCGUUGGUGUUGAAACACCUUCUUCGUUCUGAAAAUGGCAUCAUGUUGAUGCCAAAACAGAUGAAAGGAGUCAAUUUGGAGAGCGAGUCACUCCUUGAGAUGGCGUCGCAGAUGGACUCAGAUACUAGAGUCAUUCUCGACGUGGGCGCACAGAUUAUUGACCUUGAUAACCUUCAAUUUGCCGAAACAUGGCUCAAGCGUUAUCACAAUGAUAGUGUCCACGCUGUCGUCUUCUUUAAUGAAGCAGAUGAGUUGAUGGUGCUGGACAGAUCGAACAAGGUUGAACCUCUACAGAUAUCGCCAUUUGCUACUCAAUUAGAUCAAUGCCUCGUCUUCCUUGAUGAGGCCCACACGAGAGGCACUGAUCUUAAACUGCCUGCAAAUUAUCAGGCAGCAGUAACGCUCGGCGCGAAUUUGACUAAAGACAAGCUUGUACAAGCAUGUAUGCGGAUGAGAAAACUUGGACGAGGACAAUCUGUCGUGUUUUGCAUUCCAAGAGAUAUUGAACAAAAGAUCCAAGCACAACGAGACCCCAACUCUUCUACCGAAGAAAUCUCAGUCUCUGAUGUUUUAUGCUGGGCAAUAUCUGAGACUUGGCGUGACCUUCGACGGAUGGUCCCUUUAUGGCUAACGCAGGGCGUCCGGCACUACGAACAAGAGGCUCUCUGGAACGAGAGAGAAGACAAAUUAUACAAAGAACAAUGGGCCGAGGAAUUUCUUGAACCUGAAGCUCAAAAUCUCGACUCCCGCUAUCGACCAAGAACUGGCUCUGAAUCAGCUCAACUACUUGAACGAGCUACACCCGCCGUGAAGUUACAGUUCCAACGGCGCUGCGAAGAAUUCGGUUUGAUAGAAUUUCGAAGUUCAUCACUUCAAGAGGAACAAGAGAGGGAGCUUUCGCCCGAGACUGAACAGGAACGGCAGGUCGAGCAGCCUUCCCAUGCCCUUGCCCACAAACACACAUGCCACCCAGAUCUCCGCUCUUUUAUCAGGCUUGGAGAAAUCCCGGUAGGAUCCGGCGCGUUUAAGCCUGCUUUCCAGGCUCUAAAAAGAACUUCGGCGGUUCAGUACUUUGACCUACGCGAGUUUCCUAGUGGCAUAUGGGUGACUGAGGACUUUUCGAAGACGGUCAAGCCGGAGAACAUGCCUGAUGACGGCAUGGACCUCUUCCAGCGGCCGGUGCAAUGGAUCUUGACAAGUAGAUUGGGUUGGUCGACUACAGUUAGUCGUCUUGUCAUAAUAAGUCCGUGGGAAGCGCACGAGCUUAUGCCGGAUAUCGAAGCAUCCAUGUCCGUCACUUUGCAUUUAUAUGCGCCGAGGAGUAAUCUUGGAUUCCGGCCGCUGGACCAUUUAACGUUGUAUACAGUGCCUCAAAGACGGAAGAAGCCAGUUAUUCCGCCUAAUAUGAUGGCUGAACUGAACAUCUUUGCAGGCCAGCUCUAUUUGUCGUCCUUUAAGGAAUAUGUCGAAGUGUGCACCAAGUUGGGCCUUGCCUGGAGCCCUGCUGAUGACUCCGUUGUUCUCGGACCUGAUGGCUUCAUUCCGGCUGGAGUGAACAGUGGACUUCUUGUGAACAAGUCGGAGUUUACGAAGAGUCCUGUGCAGUUUAUCAAGGUGUUGGUUACAAAGAUUCGGCGGAACUGCGAGACUGUUGAGAAGACGCAUAUAGGGAAGAUAUUGGAUGGGGUUUUGCUGACGGAGGAAGAUUUUGAGGAAGAUUUUGAGAUUUGAAUUGGGUUUCGCCAUGUUGUGUUGUGUUGAGUUUUGUCUACUUUAUCUGCUUUAUCUGCUUUCUCUGCUUUAAACAGUCAUUGACUUAUAUAGUAUUUGGACAAUUUAUAGCGUUACUGUAUCUGACUGGAUAUUAACAAUGAAAAAAACAAUUAAUGAAUAUC